CGCCAAGCCAAUGUCAGGCUGAGCCAUUUGCUCAUGCGGCCUGAACAAAAAUAUGGCUCAAAGCCAUUGACGAGAAUCGGAGCGGUCACAACAGUGCAACGCCUUAAAAGCGCCUGCGGUUCCUAAUUGGCCCACGGGCGACUGAGCGCCGACCUUCAGAAUCAGCCUCGCCUGCCCUACAGAUGGAGGCCGAAUUGUCAUGGAAGCCCUUGUCGCCCUCGCCCUUGCGGGAAAUGUCGCCCAGUUCAUUGAGUACUCAAUCAAAGCUAUCUUAAAGACGUCUGAAUUAUUCAGCAGCGCGAGCGCCACAGUGGAGGAGAUGGAAGACUUGGGGGAUAUUGUGGACAGCGUGAAGCAAUCGCUGAAGAGUAUCAAGGGCUCCAAAACCACCUUAAAUAAUGACCACGUGCCGGAUUUGGUCUUGGAAAACCUCAAUGCGAGCUGUCUUGCUAUAUCUGGCAAGAUCAUGACCAUCCUAGAUGGUCUCGAACUUAAUAAUGAUGACACCCGCUUCAACAAAGUCAUGCAAAGGGCCAAGGCUCUGGCAAAGAAAUCCGAACUGGAUGAACUGUGCCGCAGGUUGUACAGCCUCCGAGAUCAAAUAUCCUCCCACCUUCUCGUUCUAGUACGAGAACAGCAGCAGAAUCUCGCCCAGAACCUUCUACGCUUCGCUUCGUCAAGCGAAGAGUAUCAAAAGGCGAUGGAAACUAAGCUCAACAAAGUUAUAGACUACCUUGACUUGAUCUCCGAACAGAUUAACCCCCACUCCCAAGAGAUACCUGCUCAGCCCUCUGGACGCCGCGGCUCAAAGCUUUGGAAACGGGACGUCCCUAAAAAUACCAAAUUGCAACAGACGUCGUGGGAUACUGACCCUGCCGAAGCCCAGAACUCGCUGAGACUAGAAUUCUUGCCGAUGGACAAAUACGUCACCGAGAUGGAGCAAUUAUUCGAGCAAAAGCGGAAGACUAUUCUGGAGACGCUGCACUUUAGCCAAGUUAAAGAACGGGAGUUUGCCGUGGCCGAGGCCCACAAGAACACCUUCAUGUGGAUUUUCAACGAGACGGGCCAGAAUAAUUUUGUCGCAUGGCUUCGGGACAGCGACGACCUUUACUGGAUCGCCGGCAAGGCUGGAUCCGGAAAGUCUACCCUCAUGAGGUUUCUCACAGACUAUCCAACCACGAGAGACCUCCUAAAGCAAUGGGCCGGUAAGAACGAUCUAAUCGUGGCUAAGCACUAUUUCUGGAACCCCGGAACUGCCAUUCAAAAGUCCCAAGAGGGCCUAUUUCGAUCAAUUCUCCUGCAGAUUCUCUACCAGCGCCCUCAGCUCAUCCCCGCCGUGUGUGCCGAUCGAUGGAAUGCGCAGUACGGGGACGUCUUCAAUCCCUGGAGCCGGACAGAGCUGAUGGCGGCAUUUGUGAGACUCGGCAACAUGAAGAUGUUGGGAUGCAGGAUUUGUCUCUUCAUCGACGGGCUCGAUGAGUACGAUGGCGAUCAUGCGCAGUUGGUGAGCUUAAUCCGUCGCAUCGGAGCAUCACAAGAUAUCAAAAUCUGCGCAUCCAGUCGGCAAUGGCUGGAUUUUUCUGAUGCUUUCGAGCACAGCGAGUGGAAGCUCUACUUGCAAGACCUCACCCACGACGACAUCCGCAAGUUUAUCCAGGACAACCUGAACGAGGAUGUGCGCUUCAACAAGCUCCAGCAGCGCAACAAGACGGCCGCGGAGGGGCUCGGGCUGGAGAUUACUGAACGCGCACACGGUGUGUUCCUCUGGGUCUUCUUGGUAGUUCGCUCUCUCCUUCGAGGCCUGCGAAACGAGGAUGAUAUCUCAGACCUGAUUCGACGAUUGCGGGAGCUUCCGAGCGACCUACGCAAGUACUUUGACCGCAUGUUCGUCACCAUCGAGGAUGUCUACAGGGAGAGGACGGCCCGGCUGUUUCUCACCAUGGCUCACGCCUCGACCACCUUUCCCGUGAUAACUUUCUACUUUAUGGACUUGGGCGAUGGGUCCUAUUCGAGGGAGCCACUGCGUUUCCUCAAAGACUGGCCAGACGUGGACCUCGACGAGGCCGAAGUCCUGGGAACCAAGAAGCGCCAGCUGAUAGCGCAGUGCAAGGACUUGAUCUUUAUCACACCCGAGCCCGGUGCCGGUGUCCUGUUUUCCGAGCGCGUCGGCUUCCUCCACAGAACUGUCAUCGACUUCCUACACACGGUAGACGUAAGGUCGAAACUGCUGCAGCUCGCCGGUCCCGAUUUCAACCCCAACAAAGUGCUGCUCGAGACCAACCUGGGUCAGUUGAGUUCUCUGAUUCACCUGCAUGGCAGGACGUUCAUCCUCCCGCAUCUCCAGCAGUGGAUCCUUGGCAGCCUGUACUACGCCCACGUAAUCGAAGCUUCGUCUGGGAUUCCCGAAACGGAUGCUCUCGACGAGCUUGAGGCUAUCAUCAUGAAGGCAUUCGCGAGGUGGGACUUCUCGCACGCUAUGGAUUGCUUUUUCAAGAAGCCCGAUAUCACGUCUUUUCUGGAGUUGUCCUGCCAGUGCGACCUCGCAUCGUAUGUCUGCAAGAAGCACCCGCAGUUGACGCCGAGCCUGUUGGAUACUCUUGCCCCAGGAUGGAGGGACCCGUUUGAGAUCCAACAGCAAUCCAACUUUGAGAUCUGCAAGCGGGAGAAACUCAAAGACCCCAACACCAUCUGGAGACUUAGACGCCAAGCCUAUGCUCAGCCGAUAACUGAUCAAAAGCCAGCAACGGAGGUGGGAUGGUCUCCGGAGCAAGAUAGACAGCCCCAUCCCCCUCAGAACAACUAUAAGAGGCCGCUCAACGCAUUGAAAAAAGAAAGAGGACUCGUCAACCUCAACUAUAAUCAUCGCUCCUUGAAGGUCAACACCAACACCCAGAAACUCAUCAUGAAAGUGUCUUCCAUCCUCGCAGCCGCCGUCAUGGCCUCCAUGGCGCAAGCCUGGACACUCGAUUUCUUCGCCAGCAAGGGCACCCAAACGAAGAAAGUCCUCACAAACGGACAUGAAAGGAACAAAUGCACCAACCUUCGCUCUGAUUACAACUGGCCUACAACUGAAAUCCAUUUCAACCCCGAGACUGGCGGUUGGCCGGACGCAAAGGGAUACACCGCCUACAGCAAGACCAACUGCAAAGGCACGGCAUACUACGGGGUGGAAGGGAACCAGUAUAUGAAGAAAACCUUCAAGAGCUACAAGGUCACGGGCUAAAAGUCCUCGAUGUAUUCGCAUCAUCUUUGAGAGGGAGUGAAUUGAGUAGCACCAAUGUUUGCGAAUGCUAGGAAGAGGCAAAUGGCUCUCAGUUGAGAAGAACACAAAGAUUAGAGAGGCCUGACGAGGAGGUUUAGAGGAAAGAGGAAAUGGGUCACGUGGGAGUAGUCGAAGGAGUAGGAAUAUAUAGAUAAUGCCAUAUCUUCC